ACCAUUUGUCUUGCGUCUGAUGCUACGGUGUAGCGCGUAUCUUCUUCCUUUGGCUUUAACGAUCUUCGAGAGACAAGACCAUUGUAUCUUACAUGAAUAUGUUUGCAAUGCUCGCUUGCUCUUCUGGAUGGAAUCCGUUCCAACCGCAACACUUGUAUACAACGUCGUCUUAGGUGCCGAUUUCUUGAACCCCAUGUCACGCACGGCUCGGGAUCGUACUCUGGCAUAAAUGCAAUAGGAAGAAGGCUUGAACCCUAGUUUUCUACAUGGUGUUUCAAUUCAGAUGGUGUUUUCGACAUCUUCAGACAAUGUCUGGAGAAAAGUUUGCAAAUGGCGGAAGCACAGUACUACCCUUUCUACGCGAUCGUCAGCUGCCUCCCAAAAUCCACUUCUUGGUUUUGCAUCGUAUUGCUUACCUCUAACCACUCACGGAAUCAAGUUGACUGACCAUGUGCUUACCGACUGUUUGGCUGAUUGGAUGACAGCCAUCGUUCGGACUACCAUAUAUGGUGUACCCUUCGUUCUAGCUUCAGAGGGUUAGCCGCAUUGCCCAAUGGCGAUUUCACUUAGGAGCCCCUCACAUGGGCUAGGUUUCAAGUCCAACUUGUACUUGAACUUGUAACAUCUCCGGCCUUUCGGCCUUCUGAAGCUACAGCUCGCACUUGCUUGGUCUUGUACACUUUGGAAGCAUUUCUAGAUGUGUCAUCAGGUAUCUCAAGUUCAUCUCCCUCCGGAAAAGCUCGAAGAAUGUUAUCAUUGCAAGAAGAAAUCAACGACGUUCGAUUUCUGUAAAAGUUGCGCGGAGCGAGCCUAUUGCUCUCGGGAAUGUCAACGAGAGGACUGGCCUCGCCACAAGUCGAACUAUGGCCGGACGGAUCGUAUUGCUCUUGAAGAGUUCUACCCCUUUCUUGCAUGGACGUUUGAAUCCGCCAACCAUAUGGAUAUGAAACCCCUACAUAUGGCAACACAAUACAGGAUCAUCAAUAGCCCUAACCCCGACGUCUUUCCCCUGCCACUUCCUGACGGUUGGCAAGCGAAACUCAUCAUGAUAGACGAUACCCAGAGGCCGACCUCGUUCUUUGAUAAGAUGCAAUGGUUCCCCAAGGCUUCUGAACCAAAAGUGGCUCGGAAGCUGCACAGGAGGAUCACUUAUAGCGGAUACGUCCUGCCUGUCGUCACGUCCAUCGCUGCAGCGAUCCUGGUGGAGAUGUACACUACCACAUCGGGCGCUGAGUCGGACGAGAGGCGUUUGCGGUUCAGGUACCGUUCGUCACCUAUCAGCGACUUUGGGAUUGUCACUGGUUCCGCGGACGUGAAGAAUCAAGACAGGUUAGCUUACUCCAAAAAGUCAGACGGCACGUAUUUCCGGGGUCAAGAUCCAGACGAGCACUAUUGCCUGUACUUCGCUACAGCUCGAGGCGAAGAGGUCAUACUCGACUGUGCCAUGUUCACUUUCAACAUGUGCUUGACGGUGGAUAGUACACCUUAUAUUUCUUCCGGAUUGCCCAACGUGGCGACUUUCGGGCACGUCCCUGCCGUGUUCACAGAGCGCAUUCUGCGAAAGAAUGCCCCUGCUUUGCAUAAAGAACGAAAGCGGAUGUCGAUUUUACGGGAUCCGAAGUUGCACGAGGUCGUCGAGACCUAUGCAGAGGAGCGCAACACCUCUGGUUCUGUGAGCCAGACAGCCCUUGGGCCCUUCAUCAACUAUAUGGAGACUCUUUCCGGACGUUCCCUUACCGAAGUGGAAAAGGACAUUUUUUGUCGUCUGGUCCAGCGGCAAUGUGUAUCUCUCCACCAUGUCCUUUGUCCAGAAAACUCGCAUUGGAAGAACUUUCCUAAGGAGCCAAUGGUUGGUAUGGAAGAUGAUCCGGGGCAGUUGGAUGCUAUCAACGAUCCCAAGGGAGACUCGGCCAAGAGGCGCGAACAGUGGAAGCAGAGAAACAAGCAUCAGCGUCGGUAAGUUUGCCAGUGUUUGUGACACUUACUGGUUUGUUAGGACUUCGGUACUUGUGGCUCUGACUUCUGGAUUUUCGUACCGUGGCCGUCUGUGUAAAUCGAAAUUCCCUCUGAGGCUUGGAUCUGGCGGAAAUGAAUACACGGUCAUUCUUGAAGUA